CACAGCGGGGCAGGACCGCCGAAGCCAUUUUAUUAUUAUAACAGCAAAGGUGCAGGUGCAUCAGUAUUUUUUAUAUCUAUAGUUUAAAUUUUAGAGUCAACGAUGGGGCAGUGUGGAAUUACGUCAUCCAAAACCGUCUUGGUUUUUCUUAAUCUCAUAUUUUGGGCUGCAGCUGGAAUUUUAUGCUACAUCGGAGCCUAUGUGUUUAUCACAUAUGACGACUAUGACCACUUCUUUGAGGACGUGUACACUUUGAUUCCAGCUGUCAUAAUAAUAGCUGUCGGGACUCUUCUAUUUAUCAUUGGCCUGAUUGGCUGCUGUGCCACGAUACGUGAAAGCUCCUGCGGUCUGGCAACUUUUGCUGCCAUUCUCCUGCUGGUAUUUGUAACAGAGUGUGUCGUGGUGGUGCUCGGCUACAUAUACAGGGCAAAGGUAGAAGAUGAGGUGAAUCACUCCAUCCAGAAGGUUUACAAUGAAUACAAUGGCACCAACACUGAUGCGCCUAGCCGUGCUAUUGACUAUGUGCAGAGGCAGCUUCAUUGCUGUGGCAUUCACAACUACUCCGACUGGAGGAACACUCGCUGGUUUAAAGAAUCCAAGAACAACAGCGUUCCAGUGAGCUGCUGUCAACCCAGCAUCAGCAACUGCACCGGCACUCUGACUCGACCAGCAGAUCUCUACCAAGAGGGUUGUGAAGCUCUUGUUGUGAAGAAAUUAAAGGAGAUCAUGAUGUAUGUCAUAUGGGCUGCACUAACUUUCGCAUCUAUACAGAUGCUGGGCAUGCUCUGUGCCUGCGUGGUGUUGUGCAGGAGGAGUCAUGACCCAGCAUAUGAGCUGCUGGUCACCACCAACAGUUAUGCAUGAAGGUCAAUGAAACACUCAGAAAAUCAAAGGAGCAUCACCGGACAUGUCCACAGUAGAUUUCAGCUGUAGUUAUAUAUAAGCUCAAGCACACCUUGCACAAUUCAUGAUAAAGUAGCGAACACUGACGAUAUGGUUUGGGUGGGGCUUCAAGGGGAAACCAGUUAUUUAUUGACAUGCUUUGUAAGUUACUGUUAUUUUCACUGUUUCACUGUUUUCUUACAAAUACUGAAAUACUUACAAAAGCCAAAGUGCAUACGGCUAAUUGACAUUUUUGAUGUUGAUGCUUUUUUUUGUUUUCAUUUGAUUGUGGCUGCAUAAAUAUUGGGCUCAUCCCCAGUAAGGAUGAUGAGGAGUAAUGACGAGCUUAUGUGUGAUAUUAUGGUUGGGAGAGUUGUAUGGAAUGUAUUUCUUUGUGUGCUAGUUUGCACUAUGGCCAGAGCUCUGGAGAUAUUUCAUGGUUGUUUAAAUUCAAAAUCUAUGCUAAAUAGAACUUGUACACUAUUCCUAAGAACUCAGUCUGACCAGAUUUUGUGAAAAUGGACAAAAACUUUUUCUCAUAUAAAGAACAGAUUCAGGAUUUUUAUCACUGUCUUAAAUUGUUUUGUGCAUCUGCUCUUAUGUUUUGUCUCUCAAAGCCAUUAUUGGUAGAAAGAGUUUUUCAUAUUCACAAAUAUUCAGGUUGUGAAUAAUGUACAUUCUGGUUUGGUGUCGAUGUAUUCUGAAUCAGGCUUCACUACUGAGGUAUUGCCAAUAUAUAAAUUGUGAGUCAGUCAACCUUUCAGUCUCCAGUGCUGUUAGUAGGAGUAUUAUCAAUGUUAACUGAAGACGUGUGUAUGUGUAGGUUCAGUUUGUCGCAAUGUUUCCAGUCAGAGAAUUCCUUCUGUCUAGUUUUAGUUAUAAACCUGCUAUAAAGAAUUACAACUCAUUGUUUUAUACGUUUUUGUGAAAGUGCACCGUUUUAAUAUUUUUAAGCCUUUAAAUUGACCCCUAGAUAUUUAGCUAGCGCCGCAAAAAAAAGAGAAAUAAAAUUAUGUAUAGAUUGGAGAACAGGCAGGAAAAACAAAUAAAGUCAUACAUUUCAA